UGUCAUCUUAUAAGAGAUGCACUACACAUCGGCCUUGAUUGGAUAUCUACGGCCAAUGGAAUUGGUAUGCAAGCCACUGCGCAACUCGACGUCAUCAGGCUGAGACUCAGCCUUCUUCACUGUGUAUCAACACUUGUUGUUGUCUCACCCCUCACACAAAUAUGUUCCAGCACCUUCAAACCUCCAUGACUUGAUAUUCCUCGUCUUUUCUUUUCUGAAACACUUCCCCUAAGAAUCGGGCGAUAAUCAAGAUUGUGGUACGAUGUCCAGUACUGCAUACGCCGAAAAUGCAGCGAUUCCCCCGCUGGAUGAAUCAUCGCAAGAGGAUCUGGAUGAUGAGAUGAGAGAUAUGGACUGCGCAAUCUGUCAAGAUCUGCGGGAAUUAUAUCCAGAACCCAUCGAGACAACGUAUGCGGAGUUGCAGCGCGCAGCAGCCGAUGGAUGCGAGCUAUGCGAGGUUCUCCAGCGGGUUAGCGAGACAGCUUGUACUGGCGCAGUUAGGAUGAUUCGAGAUACUGAUAGAGUGUAUGUGGGUCCGGGAGUUGGCCGUGGAGAUGGAUGUGCAGUGGUGCUGAGUGUGAUGAAGGGUAGUGGAAGGACGCUUCAGAAAGAUAUGGUAAAUUUCAACAUCGCAUCAGGCGAUAGCUGUCCUUGGCCUUUUAUAAAUUCUAACAGCGGACCCGAUGAAAACGCGAGCAUUCGAGACUGCGCUACGUUGAUCAGAGACAUGCUGAACAUAUGCGAUACCACACACACGAUGUGCGGAACCAAUACCGUAAAACAAAGCUCGAGUGGUUCCAAUGCAUCCAAGCUCAUUCCCAAGCGACUACUGCACAUCAGCAGCGAUCACACAUCUCUCCAAGUUCGUUUGUUCGAGACGGCAAGUGGAGAUUCAUCAUUGAAGGCGGUCGAUCUUCAAUAUACUGCUCUGAGCCAUUGCUGGGGCUCUAUACCGGUCAUCAGUACCACAAUUGCCACGAUUUCGGAGUUUGAGACUGAAGGUAUUGCUUGGGCAUCUUUACCCAAAACGUUCCAAGAAGCUAUAAUCUUGACACACGAGCUCGGUAUCCACUACAUAUGGAUCGACUCACUAUGCAUUCUACAGGGCUCCGUCUCUGAUUGGGCCGAGCAAGCUUCUCAAAUGGCUAACAUAUUCUCGAACGCGCACCUCACCAUUGCGGCAAAUGCAGCUCAGGACGGACGACAAGGACUAUUGAAGCGUCGUCACACUACCCGAAAACUGGACGUAGUCCACAACUACAAGGCCUUUUCUGUGUGUGUUCGCGAUGUGAUUGCGCACGUAUUCGACGAUGAUGGAACUGAUCUCCCUUUUGGGCAACUCCAUAACCUGCCACUACGAAAACGUGCAUGGUGUUUCCAAGAAGAAGUGCUCUCCACUCGAAUUGCUCAUUUCACAGAGGAUGAGAUUGUUUUUGUGUGUCGUGCAGCCACAAUUUGCGAAUGCGACCCUCGCUGGCGGUCUCGUUUUCAGAUACCAGCGAUUGUCGCCACUAAUUCAGCUGAGCCUUUCGCAAUCUGGGAGAACACUGUGGAGUACUACACAGAGCGUCAAGUCAGCUUUUGCAAAGACAGGUUGCCAGCACUAUCGAGUUUUACCCAUUAUUUUCAAGAGGACUCGGACCGCUAUCAUGCCGGGCUUUGGGAAUCUCAUAUGCCAUGCAGUUUGCUUUGGUGGAGUCAGUGUGGCGAACGUCCAGAGCAAGAAUGGAGUUCCCAAUCUAGACCGCCGUCCUGGUCUUGGGCAUCUAUCGAAGGUGUAGUGAGACAUUCGGAGACGAAAGAGGAUCAUAGGAUUGUUGCUGAGGUCCUUGACGUCUGUACUUAUCCGAGCACAGUCGAUCCUCGAGGGAUGGUCUCUGGGGGUCAAAUCACUUUACGAGCUCCAUUAUUUCCAUUGGGAGGAACUUGGCAAAAGCAUAAGUCUUCAUGGCAGAGCUUCCUGCAAUACUUUAACCAAGCCAUUGACUUUGAUUGCUGUUUCGCUUGUAGUCCGGGUUGGGGGCCAAACCUUGAACAAGAUCAUUGCUAUUGUGUGCUCGACGAUCCGGCCAAUCCACCGUUGUUGCUUCGGAGCGGCAUUAUCGAGACACCCAUAUUCCUGUUGGUAAUUCGCACAAUGGAUGACUCAGAUCCACUUGAGGGUGUCCCUUAUCCUGGGGGCUGCGGUCUUCUAGGUCUACUUCUCAAACCGCUGGAAGACCUCGACGAGAUUCAGAGAAAGACAAUGGAAGACUCGGAGAGCAAGCUUUCGUUCACAAGAAUCGGGUUUGGUGGCAUGUGUCUGAGCAAGGAGGAUGGCGAGGAGGCACUGGAUCGCUUCAAGGAUACAGUCGUUAUGAUAUUUUGAUUACCACUCUGUAUCUGCCCGGAAUCAAUUAUAUUUGCAUCGAAAAAGACCCGAGUUUCAAUGCAUUGCUAUCAUCUCCUCCUCCUACCACCUCAUACAAGAAUUCUUUUUUGAACAGGUUUGCAGCCAAUAUCAACAUAAAAAUAUGCAAAGUAAGCAACCCAACGUCAUUGUGAGCUCCAGAGUGUUCAGCUUUGUGUAAAUAGACGUGAUAUUACUACCCACCCUCAAGGCAACCCCCUCCCACUAUUAACCGCAUCCGCCAACUGGCUGGUCCCCGGCCUAUUCUCCGCAUACCUUUCAUAACUA